AUCAGGAAGCGGCCGUGAGGCGCGGCGAUGCUGCAGACUCACCGCCUUCCGCAGACAUCAUGUGACUGCUAUGCACUAUCGGCCCCCUCCAGAACGCGUUGAACUUGACGUUGCGACAUCUUACGAUCAAUUUGCUAAACCCCGGGUGGGGCUGAUCUAAUGCUGUAGAACUAUCCGGCAACUUAUUUCUACAAUAUCUUGAUGAUAGAUGACUAGGACAAUCUCCAAGCUGCAAGCCCUGUGAGAUGAAGGCGCCUCUACACCAUGGGCCAAGGCUAUUCCCUCACGACCCUGUCCGCGGGUUCGGCUGGGAUCGAUGUUCCCGAGCUCUCGGAUCUGGUGUAUGAGAAGUCCAUGGGCGGUGGCAGAUUUAUGAAAAGCAUCCGAGCACGGCAGCAUAAUGGACUGGUCUUUGUGAAGGUCAUCAUGAAGCCUUACCCCAGCAUGAAGCUGGAGCCAUAUAUCAAGGCGAUCAUCCGGGAACGCAAGCUACUGUCUGAAGUUCCGAAUGCCCUGAGUUAUCAAAGGAUCUUGGAAACCAGCACCGGAGGUUAUCUCGUCCGCCAAUACAUCCACAGCUCUCUCUAUGACCGGAUGAGUACUCGGCCAUUUCCCGAAGAUAUUGAGAAGAAAUGGAUCGCCUUUCAGCUUCUCUGUGCACUACGGGAUUGCCAUUCGCUUGACGUCUUCCAUGGUGAUAUUAAGACGGAAAAUGUCUUGGUCACCUCAUGGAACUGGCUCUAUCUCUCUGACUUUUCAUCCUCCUUCAAGCCGACGUUCCUUCCGGAGGAUAACCCUGCAGAUUUCUCUUUCUACUUCGAUACUUCAGGGCGUCGGACCUGCUAUCUAGCACCCGAAAGGUUCCUUGUGGCUGGCGAAGAACCAGGAAGUAGACAUGUCAACUGGGCAAUGGACAUAUUUAGCGCCGGCUGCGUUAUCGCGGAGCUUUUCCUAGAAUCGCCAAUAUUCACCCUCAGCCAGAUCUACAAAUACCGCAAGGGGGAAUACAGUCCGGAACAUAGCCAACUUGCCAAGAUUGAGGACCCAGAGAUUCGGGCCUUGAUCCUGCAUAUGAUUCAGCUUGAGCCAGAGUCUAGAUACUCGGCAGAAGAAUAUCUAAAUUUUUGGAAGAACAAGGCGUUCCCUGAUUAUUUUUACAGCUUCCUGCAUCAGUACUUGUCGCUCAUGACUGACCCGUCGUCGGGUAGAGCGCAGGUUGAAGCCGAGUCAGCAAAUAGAGGAGAGGCUGACGAGAGAAUUGAACGGGUCUUUUAUGAUUUCGAUAAAAUAUCCUACUUCCUGGGGGCUUCGCCUAAGACCGCAAAGGACGGGUCUAGUCGCACAUCCUCGAGACUCACCGGCAAUACGUUCCCCGUUCAACUGGACCUGCCACAAUAUGGACAGCCAACACCCAAAUCUCCAUCCCAACCGGAUGACGGCGUGUUGAUCUUUCUAACUCUGGUCGUAUCUAAUUUGCGCAAUACCUCCAAAUCAUCCGCCCGAGUCAAGGCUUGCGACAUCCUCCUUGCUUUUGCUGAGAGGCUGUCGGAUGAGGCAAAAUUGGAUCGCGUUCUUCCGUACAUCAUGAUACUUCUCAAUGACCGCGCAGAUUCAGUGAAGGUCGCUGCAAUUCGAGCUCUUGCCCAGCUCUUGGAAAUGGUCCAUGUGGUGUCUCCGGUCAAUGCAUACUUGUUUUCAGAAUAUAUCUUCCCGAGACUGCAACCGUUCGUUCCUAACGCUAAUUCAAAUCCAAGCCCGUUGGUCCGCGCUGCAUACGCAUCCUGCAUUGCAUCUCUGGCACGAUCCUCGCUCAGGUUUCUGGACAUGAUACAGGCUCUGCGUUCUGACACCCGUUUGCCAGCUCUGAUACCCGCUGGGUCCGAACCCAGAUGGACGGAGGAUGCUACAUAUCAUAAUCUCUAUGACGUCGCAAGAGUCGAUCUCCUCGAGUACUUCGAGAAUCACACCAAAUCUCUCUUGACUGACAGCGAUGCUUCGGUCCGUCGCGCUUUUCUGGGCUCUGUGGCCGACCUCUGCGUGUUCUUCGGUAAUCUCAAAACCAGUGAAGUUGUCUUGAGCCAUCUAAAUACCUAUCUGAAUGAUAGAGACUGGAUUUUGAAGUGCGCUUUCUUCGAGGCCGUUAUUGGUGUUGCAGCGUAUGUCGGAAGUACAAGUUUGGAGCAGUACAUCCUGCCGUUGAUGGUCCAGUCGAUGACAGAUCCAGAAGAGUUUGUCGUCGAAAGGGUCCUUCGAUCUCUAGCCGCGAUGGCCGAUCUUGGCCUUUUCCAGCGGUCGACUACAUGGGAUCUUCUUCACAUCACUGUCCGCUUCCUUGUUCACCCAAACGCUUGGAUCCGCGAAGCAGCGGUUCACCUCGUCGUGAACUCAACCAAGUUCCUUUCUGUGGCCGAUAAAUAUUCCAUUCUCACACCUCUUGUCCGACCCUUCGUUAUAGCUGAGGUAUUCAGUUUCUCAGAGGAAGAGAUGCUCGACGCACUCAAGAAGCCGCUUUCAAGGGGUGUAUACGAUCUGGCCUUCGUUUGGGUUUCAAAGGCAGAGAAGGGUAUCUUCUGGAAAGCUGCAGGUCGUGAUGGGAUUUUCACGCUGAAUGGAACCGACAGUGCUCUAUCCAAGGUGGGACACACGAUCGCCAGUCAUCCGAGCCUGCAACCGAGAAAUGAGGAGGAUGAGCAGUGGAUCACUAGACUAAGAAACAUGGGAAUGAGCGCUGAUGACGAGCCCAAGCUUCUGGCUCUCAGAGAGUACAUUUGGAGACUGUCAAUGCGUCAAUCAAAGGACUCAGAUCCUGGAGGAUCCCCUUUGAAUAACGUUAUUGCUCUAAUGCAGUAUGGGGUGACCCCUCAGACUGUUUUCUUUGACAAGACUCAAAACAUCAAACCCCGCAGAAGUUCUUUGGGGAAGCCCGAAAACGAUCGCACUGACGAGCGGAAACCACACACCAUCACAGAUGCUUUACUUGACGCUUCAACUACUAUCGAUAACAGGCCUGACUCGCGCCGAAGGCAUAUGCGCUCGAGGAGUCAGAGGGAAACGGGGGCCACUCUAUCGAUUCCACGACCGAGUGCUCUAGACAACAUCCGAGCAGAGAACUCACCCGUAUCCUCACCAAUAGCAUCAUCACCCGGUGCCACUCCAGGAUCUCGGCCCUUGUCACCACCUGGCUCAGAUGCUGGGCGUAGGGGCUCAGGAGGCAGGGAGAGUCCUGGACAAGACAGUUCAUCCACGCCCACUGAUGCGGAGAACCCUGCUAUAAAGAAGUUGACCGCCGGUGUGCAAAGGAAAUCCAGUGCUAUGAGUUUACUCAACCGCAAGGACUCCGCCAAAGCAUAUGCUGAAACCGGCACCAGCUCGGCUAACGCCUUUGGCAAAGUUGACGUACCAUCUCAGCGGACAGAGGUACCAUCAUCCCCUUCCCCCGCCCCGCUUGACAGGAAAGCAGCUGAGCACGAGUCCCCCAAAUUCCACGCCAAUCACUCAUAUGCGGGUGACGAUCCUGUUGUUCUCAAGCUGCUGGAUUCUGUGUUUGCGGAAAACUACCCUACCGACUUCUUUGAUCUUGGACCUUAUGUCAAAGAGAUAGACACAAGACGGCCGAUCGUAAAAGCCAACGGGCUUGAACCUGACAAAGUGUGGAAACCAACGGGGGGUCCCGUCGCCGUUUUUGGGGAGCACAGUGGGCCUGUCAACCGCGUGGUUGUGGCACCAGAUCAUGCUUUCUUCGUUACCGCCGCCGACGAUGGUACUGUCAAGAUCUGGGACACCACCCGUCUGGAAAAGAACCUGACCCCAAGAUCUCGUCAGACAUACCGACAUUCCACCGAAGCCAAAGUGAAGACGUUGACUUUCGUUGAAAAUACUCACACGUUCGUCAGCGGAGCAAAUGAUGGCAGCAUCCAUGCGGUGAAAGUGGAUUAUCAUAGCACCAACGGCACAGUCCGGUACGGGAAACUUCAACUUGUGCGCGAGUAUCAGCUACCAACAGCUGAAGAUGGGACCAUCGAGUAUCCUGUCUGGAUGGAGCAUUUCCGCGUUGAGGCCCAAUCCACGCUGCUUAUUGCUACAAACACCUGCCGUAUCUUAGCCUUAGAUAUGAAGACCAUGCUUCCGGUCUACUCCUUACAAAACCCAGUCCACCACGGAACCCCAACCACCUUCUGCUGUGACCGAAAACACAAUUGGCUACUCAUCGGCACCACCCACGGCAUUCUCGAUCUCUGGGAUUUGCGCUUCCGCGUGCGACUCAAAGCCUGGGGCCUUUCGGGGUCGGGCGCUAUCCACAGACUCCAAGUCCAUCCCACCAAGGGACGUGGGCGAUGGGUCUGCGUCUCUAGCAGCGGGACCCACGGCAACGAAAUCACUGUCUGGGAUAUCGAGAAAGUCCGCUGCAGGGAGGUAUAUCGAGCAGACUCGCCCGGCGUCAGCAACCCAGCCUCGAACGCCGGACAACCCAGCCCCGGUCCCGACAGCGCCAAACCCCGACUCGGGUUCCCAAACUCUCGCGACUAUGAAGCCUGGCACGUCGAAGGAAGCCGACCAGAAGGUAUGCUCAGCCGCUUCGCGAUGGAAGGACUUGCCUCCGGACCGACCGACCACCCAUCUGGACCAUCCCCCUCAGGCACGAUCUGCGCCUUCGCUGUUGGCUUCGACUCUCCCGACGACGGCCGCGAUAACAGCACUCGAUGCGGGUUCAUAGUUUCCGGGGGCUGCGACCGCAAAAUCCGCUUCUGGGACUUGGCGCGACCGGAACUGACCACGAUCGUCAGCGGAUUAGACGUCGUAUCGGAUGGCGGCGCGACCGGCAAGCCGCGAUACGAACUCUUCCAGCCCGGUCCCUCGCUCCUCAUUGCCACGGAGCAUAUUCCAACUUCGUCAGUGCCCGUGACGAACGGCAAGCGGGGCGCCAAAAAGGGCGGAAGUGGACGUCUGCCCCGGAGCACAGUGAUCAGUUUGCAGCAGCAGCAGUUGUUGAAGAGUCACCUCGAUUUCAUCCAGGACGUGGCGUUGCUACGUGCCCCAUAUGGUAUGAUUGUGAGUGUUGACCGGGCGGGAAUGGUUUAUGUUUUCCAGUGAUAUCGAUCGCACCCAUCUACGGAAUAGAUAGUAUGUACGUUGUACAGUAAUCCAUGUGCUGGUAACUAAAGAGCCUUCUGAUAGAUCUGAUUUCAAUUCGCAAUAUUAAGUCUACUACUGGAG